AUGGUUCUUACCACACGACCCGGCAGCGCCUACACCAACGCCCAGAUCUCGGGGUUCUACUUCCGACCGUGUCGUGGCGAGUAUGACGAGGUGAUCCUCGAAUACUUCCGCUGA